GAGGGCGGCGCCGGGCCGUGAGGGUGGGUGCGGGUGCCGGGACGAGGGGCGGAGCUGGGAGAUGGCGUCUGGAGCGGCUCGCUGGCUGGCUUUGGCGUCUGUCCGAUCCGGGGCUCUCCGGAGGGGGCCGAGCUGGAAGAAAGGUGGAGAUGUCUCCGUCGUACAAGGCACAUCAGGUCCGAACCUGGUACCAUCUAGGUCAGUCAUCGUUACCCGCAGCGGCGCCAUUUUGCCCAAACCUGUGAAAAUGUCCUUUGGCCUCCUCCGUGUGUUCUCCAUUGUGAUCCCCUUUCUAUACGUCGGGACGCUCAUAAGCAAGAACUUUGCUGCUCUACUAGAGGAACAUGACAUUUUUGUCCCAGAGGAUGACGAUGACGACGACUAACAGGGCAUGGAGGGAGAAAGGAGAAAGCACUGCUGAAGAAAUGGUGACGCUCUCAGCCUCUCCUCCUUCCCUAUCAAGUGUGGGUUUGGAAAAGACCUCAGCCUUGCCUCCUGCAUGGUCCAGAAACACAGCCCAGAUCCUGAGGCUCUGGGAGAGGUCCCCUGAGAUAUGCUGUGCACUGCACACUAUAAAAGCACCAGCCAGAUUGUGAAUAAUUAUAAUAAACAUCAGCUGUGUGUGACUUAGAAAA